AUGGGGAAUACAGAUAAUGGGCAGACUCCGAGUAAGUGUUGCUUAACAUCCCCGUUUUUGCACUCCAAAAUAGUGCAGCACGGAAACGAAGGGAAGUGUGGGCAGCAGCACUGUCAUCAUCCCUACCAACUUAUGGAAGCUGAUCGAGUCGUUACGGGCAAAAAGAGAGCAAAAUUACUUUCGCCGUCACCUCAGCUGGACGUGCAGUAUGCCCUGCCUGACCCUUCGAUGGUGGCAGCCUCAACAAAAUGUGCAUUUAUUCCGGUGAAUGGAGGAGGACCAUCGCUGGUGUCCCUGAGCAGGGCCAUUACGGCCUCAGCAUAUAAAGACGACGUGGUACAACAUCUUAUAGAGGCCCUUUCAACGUCGUCGUGGUCCUCUAGUGAAGAGCAUGAGGAAUCCCUCUUAAAUAACGAUGCAUGCAAUUGA